AUGGAGCAAAGGCCUGGCGAUGCCUUCUCCCAGCACAGCGGCGACUCGAGCGACGCGCCCCCAUCAGGGGGGAUGGGGCGCCCGCGCCGCAUGUCCAUGGAGGAGGAUAUGUUCUACCGGGAAGUCAUGACGUCGCGGCCAAAGAACCCGCCGAGCUAUGAGACGGCCAUGCAGGCUGCUGUGGCGGCCGAGAGGAGGGCGAUGGCGAUGGCUGCUGUCGAGGACCAGGAAGAGAGGCUGCCCCAGUACUCAUCCGAGUUGGAUAUCGAGGGCGUGUUUAUGCGCAAGAUGGAGAUGGAGGACACGAUCAAGCGGGCCGAGUAUCGAGACUGGAGGAUGGUUUAUGUCGAGCUUCGGGGAACGGCACUCAACGUCUACUCGGUCAAGAAGGAGCGUGGAUGGUGGUCGUCAAAGCCGGACGCACCUAACAUUGCGCCUGAUAAUCCGCCAUGGGUGAAGAAGCAUGCGUUGGAGCGGAGCUACAGCCUGCUCUAUGCGGAUGCGGGGAUCGCGGCGGAUUAUAAGAAGAAGCGCUACGUCAUUCGGCUACGAGUGGAAACGGACCAGUUUUUAUUGUCGUGUUUCGAGUUGAGCACAUUUGUCACAUGGCUCGACAGGCUGUAUGCUGCCUUCAACGUGGCCGCACCCAUCGAUGAGCGCGAUUUCCCCAGGGACUACAGCAUACCACGGAUUCAGAGGAUACGGUUCUUGCGCGGACAACGACCGCCACCCCAGGACCAUCUUGGCAGGCAACCCGAUCAUAGAAGACCAGACGAGAGCGACGAAGACGACAGCGAAGGGGAGGGAGAGGGCGGUGAACCACCAGAUCACAGAGGUGGCGGCGGACGUGGGCCACGGCCGGCUGAAUACCCGAUAAUGGCGAGGUUAUCAAUAUCAUCAUACGCGAACGAGAACGUCGACCCGGAAACCGGAAAAUGGCUGCCAGAACACGGCUGGACCAUCGCCCACGACCAACUCUACGCCCGUCUGUGCUACGCGGUACUAUUAUUCAAGUCACCACGGAAGAGCAAUUACAUUGUCUCACGAGGCAAGCGGUGGUGGAUCGACUGGGACAGCGGCAAGAUGGUUCGGGUGCUACCCCCGGCCUACGGCGAAAUCGACGUCAUGGGCCCAUGGCAGGUCAUCAUGGCCGAGAACAGGAGGAUAUAAGCCUGUUGUCACAACGCAACUAUUUCCUUCUAUGUUUGUCUUGCAUUAUACUCAUACUUGACUGUUAUUUUCUUUUUAUUAUCUAUCUAUAUAUCUGGGCGCGGUGUUGCGGGUUUCGAAUUAUCGGGAGCAUACUUGGGACACAAUCUUUGCGUUUGCAGCAAACGGGGUAUCUGGAACGGGAAGGACCGAGGGAUGUGUCUCGAGUCGGGCGAGCAUUAUACCAUGCGUGUGAUUUUAUUGUUGGGGGAAAGAGAGGAGGAAAAUGCGUUUUGCUUUUUUUGGUUGGAUGUAUAUAUACCCACGCGCAACUGAUACCACAUAUUUAAGAGCAUAAUUGACCGGUUCCGGUAGUGAGACUUUUGUGUUGGCAUGUGUUGUUUAAUACCGCCUGGCCCAACCACAUGAACUAUUACGGUGGCAUGUUGCUCUGUUUUGGUUGUGCC